ACUUCCGGUGCCUGCCGGGCCCUAUAUCCGGUGUCCGCCCGCCCUCGGCUCUGCCGCCGCCGCCGCCGCGAUGCUGUCCAGGUCCCGCUGCGUGUCCCGGGCCUUCAGCCGCUCGCUUUCCGCUUUCCAGAAGGGGAACUGCCCUCUAGGGAGACGUUCCCUGCCCGGGGUCUCCUUAUGUCAGGGACCAAGUUACCCUGACAGCAGGAAGAUUGUCCUGAACAACAGUGUCUGCAAGGUUCGUUUCUUCAGAACAACAGCUGUGUGCAAGAAUGAUGUGGUUACAGUCAAAACCCCAGCGUUUGCGGAAUCGGUCACAGAGGGCGAUGUCAGGUGGGAAAAAGCUGUUGGGGACUCAGUUGCAGAAGAUGAGGUGGUUUGUGAGAUUGAAACUGACAAGACAUCCGUGCAGGUGCCAUCGCCAGCCAAUGGCGUGAUCGAAGCUCUGCUGGUUCCCGAUGGGGGGAAAGUAGAAGGAGGCACUCCUCUUUUCACACUCAGGAAAACUGGCGCUGCUCCUGCUAAGGCAAAGCCAGCUGAAGCUCCUGCUCCUGCAGCCCCAAAAGCUGAGCCCACCCCCUCAGCAGCUCCCCCGCCCCCAGCAGCAGCCAUACCCACUCAGAUGCCACCCGUGCCCUCGCCCUCACAGCCGCCUGUCAGCAAGCCGGUGUCUUCAGUAAAGCCCACUGCCGUCCCUCCCGUAGCUGACCUAGGAAUUGGCAAAGGUCUUCGCUCUGAACAUCGGGAGAAAAUGAACAGGAUGCGGCAGCGCAUUGCUCAGCGGCUCAAGGAGGCCCAGAACACCUGCGCAAUGCUGACGACCUUCAAUGAGAUCGACAUGAGUAACAUCCAGGAGAUGAGGGCACGGCACAAGGAUGGCUUCCUGAAGAAACAUAACCUCAAACUAGGCUUCAUGUCGGCCUUCGUGAAGGCCUCAGCCUAUGCCUUGCAGGAGCAGCCUGUCGUAAAUGCCGUGAUCGACGAUGCAACCAAAGAGGUGGUGUACAGGGAUUACAUCGACAUCAGUGUGGCUGUGGCCACCCCACGGGGUCUCGUGGUUCCGGUCAUCAGGAAUGUGGAAGGUAUGAAUUAUGCAGACAUUGAGCGAACCAUCAAUGAGCUGGGAGAGAAGGCCCGGAAGAAUGAACUUGCCAUCGAAGACAUGGAUGGUGGUACUUUUACCAUUAGCAACGGCGGUGUUUUUGGCUCCCUGUUUGGGACCCCCAUUAUCAAUCCUCCCCAGUCCGCCAUCCUGGGCAUGCACGGUAUCUUUGACAGGCCAGUGGCCGUGGGAGGCAAGGUGGAGGUACGGCCCAUGAUGUACGUGGCACUGACCUACGAUCACCGGCUGAUAGAUGGCAGAGAGGCAGUGACUUUCCUCCGAAAAAUCAAGGCAGCGGUGGAGGACCCCAGGGUGCUCCUGUUGGACCUCUAAGCAGAGCCCCGUAGCCCAGACACUGACCACACAGGAACUGAAACCCUCUUGUCCCCGUCCCCCAUGGUCCUGGUGGCAGCAGGCACUCGCUGCUGGCCUCAGGUAGGGAGCCAGACACUAUGUAGCAGUGGGCACGGCUCUCUUCUUGGUGUCCCAGCUGAGCUCCCUCCCUCCCUCCUCCCUUCCUCUCUUCUUCCCUGCACUCUCCCCUCCUGCCUCCUGCCCUAGGCCUUCGGGAGAGCCUCCGAUAUCCGUCAUAGUCCUGCCUUCCUUCACUCGCCCCUGCAGAAAUGAUUCGCUUCUCCCUCGAGCCAGUACACUCUAUGGAAACCA